AUGAUAAUUAUUGUCGUAGAUGCAAUAAUCGAUGAAAAGAAACUGGGAGAGGCAAAUGAUGAAUUUGAUGCCGUUGAAAUCAACUGCUUGGGAUAUGGUUUCAGGGAUUAUGAAAAUGCCGAAAGUAAAAGACAGAAAGGAGUUGAGGAAUUCUACAAGAUGCAACACAUUCACCAGACAUUUGAUUUUGUGAAACAAAUGAGGGAAGAGUACAAAAAAAUGGAAAAGAUGGAGAUGAGCGUGUGGGAAUGCUGUGAACUUCUCAACAGUGUCGUUGAUGACAGCGAUCCUGAUUUGGACGAGCCACAGAUUCAACACCUUCUCCAAUCUGCUGAGGCUAUCCGUAAGGAUUACCCAGACGAGGACUGGCUUCAUCUAACGGCACUGAUUCAUGAUCUUGGAAAAGUCCUCCUGCUACCAGAAUUUGGGGGUCUUCCCCAAUGGGCUGUCGUUGGCGAUACGUUUCCCGUUGGCUGCGCCUUCGACGACGCAAAUGUUCACCACAAGUAUUUCAAGGACAACCCGGAUCAUAGAAACUCAAAGUACAAUACAAAACAUGGAAUCUACGAUGAAGGCUGUGGACUGGAAAAUGUAUUUAUGUCUUGGGGACAUGAUGACUACAUGUUCAUGGUGGCCAAGGCGAAUGGCACGACUUUGCCUAAGGCUGCCUUAUUCAUCGUUCGCUACCACUCGUUCUAUCCCCUACACAAGGAGGGGGCCUACACCCACCUGAUGAACGACGAAGACCGAGAGGGUCUCAAGUGGCUUCAGAUAUUCAAGUAA